AUGACAGCAAAAACAGAAGACUUUGACGAGGACACGGACGACGGGGAAGAAGUCCAUUGGAAGGAAAGGAAAAAAGAAAAAGUACUCGCCAAGUUACAGUUCUUAAACGACCAACGGAAACAAAAGAUCGACUCGAAUCGCACGAAACGAGAUGAAAUUUCCGAUCCCACGGAGAAUGUGGAUGCGUUCGCGAGAGAGUUUAAGAAAAUGGUGGAGGAGAUCGAAAGCGAUUUAGUACUAAAAGGAGGAGCAGAAGGAACAGAAGGAAAAGAAAAAUCGUUGACCAAAAUCGCUCUGUUGCGAGAGAAGGGCGCGCAAAGCGAAAUCGAUGUAAUACAAGGAAAAGGAUGUGUUGAAGCUGAAGGAACAGAAGGAAAAGAAAAAUCGUUGACCAAAAUCGCUCUGUUGCGAGAGAAGGUUGCGAAAAGCGCGUAUUUUUUACCAUCGUUCGACGCGGAGAAAUCGAUGAAAACGUGCGACCUGUUGGAAAAGAAAGCGAGGGGGAGAGAAGUUUUUAACGAUUUUAAUGCCGAAGACGCGGUGGAUGAGAGAGUCGGAAAGACGAAGAAGUUUAGCUUCGCAAAAUCGAAGACGAUGAAGAAGGCUUUCGCGGAGAAGACGACGACCGACUUUUCCGGGAAAGGAGCAGACGACAAAACUUCGCCUUCUUCCGCCGCGGUGAUUGAAAUGUUGCAAAAGAAGCAUCGAGCGACGAAUGGUUUGUUAGUCGUUCGGGAGAACAAAGAAGGAGAGACGAUUCUUUUGACGAGCGAGGAGUGCGACGGAAAAGACGUGACCAUUGAACGGUUGACGAGGUGCGAAGUGACCAUCGAAAGUUGCGCGAAUCGUAGACCGAGAUCGGUUCGAAUGCGGAACUUGGUCGAGUGCGAAAUCAAAGCCACGGAUAUCGACGGGAGCGCGUACGUGGAAAAUAUGAGCGAUACGAUUGCGUUUAUAGGAUCGAGGCAACUCCGAAUACACGACGCGACGAAGUGUCAGUUUUAUUGCCGAGUGGCGAGCGGUCCAAUCAUUGAGAGAUGCCAAGCGGUCGAGUUUGCGCCUUUGUUGUCGAGCGAAAACGACGGAAAAGAAGACGAUAACUUAUGGAACAAGGUUGAAGAUUUCGGAUGGAUUAAGCAAGAGCAUUCGCCAAAUUGGAGCGUGAUAGAAGAGAAGGAUAGAGUUUAUUAG